GUGACAGUGGGUUCAAACAUAAAUUUUCUGAUAAUAUCAGUUUCUCGACGUCCUGGCAAAAACGCAAACUCGAACGAUCGUGGCUGAACACUUGACCGUUAAACUAAAUCAGCCGGGAAAGAAUCGAAAUUUUCUUAAAACGUUCAGUUUGAACAACUAAUUAAAGAUAAAGUAGCGGAAAGAAUUAUUGAAUUUCUUAUGUAAACUCCUGUACAGCUGCCAUCCGUGAAUGUAUUUGGCAGACAAUGGACUCAUCCCUCCUCGUCAAUUAUGUUUUCAACGUCUUUCUGUCAUACACCGCCACUAUGUUAAACAUUAUAACAAUUAGAGCACUGAGAAAAACCUCAUCGCUGCCAAAGAAUUUAAAAACACUAUUGCUGAGUCUGGCUGUUUCUGAUCUUGGUGUUGGAUUUCUGGUCCACCCUUUGUAUGUUGUUUCUCUUGUGAUGAAGUUAAAAGGCGACCCUACGACCAUUGCUUUUUUCACUCAGAAAGCUUUUCAUUUUAUGGGUAUCAUCCUUGGUUUUGCAUCGUUCUUUGCUGUCACGGCGCUAACUGCGGACAGAUUCUUAACCCUGCAGCUUCAUCUCAGAUAUCAGGAACUUGUGACUUACAAGCGUGUUGUUUCUGUAGUGAUGUCAAUUUGGGCAAUAAGUGCAUUUUUUUCCAUACUUGAUCAGUUUUACGGAGAAAUAAUGUACUUUGUUAAAGGUACACUUUCGCCGGUUUUGUUUAUCCUUUCAGCAUUCUUCUAUUACAAAAUGUUUUUGGCCGUGAGACGGCACAGAAAUCAAAUACAGGACUUACAACUACAACAACAAGAACAGAAUGUGGAAGAAACGACAACCGCCGCAAAGCUGAGAAAAUCGAUGGUUGGUACGUUUUACGUUUAUCUUGUGUUUCUUGCCUACUAUUUACCGUAUAUGUUGGUAAAUAUUGUCCGCACUGUAAAAACAACUAGCCUUACCGACACCUUAAGUUAUUACGCCUUGACAUUGGUCUUUCUUAAUUCGUCUCUCAAUCCUUUGGUUUAUUGCUGGAAGAUGAGACAAAUUCGACCUGCCAUCCGGGAUAUACUGCAGAAUAUCUUGCCAAUCACGGAUAAGGAAGGUCCUUGGAAGAUCGAACGUUAAUUUGAAACAUUUGUUUCAAAAAAGGGUUAAGUUUGGUUUCAGUAAAACGUUUCUGGGAUAAUCUGUUUAUUAGCCAUGACAAAUGUUACGGC